GCGUCGUCCGUUGACGCUGCAUGCGGAGCCUGAACGCAUCGCAUUCCGAUGUGAGAGCGAGAUGUGACCGCGGUGCGGACUUGUUCUUUUUUUUUCAUGUCUCCAAAACCGUCUUCAAGCUCAGUCUGAAGGACUACAACGUGCAGCGUGAUGGAGCCGAACACUUGUCCUGACGGUUACCGGGCUUUGAGCGACUGUGAGCUCAGCGAGCUUUUACAAAACGACGACAAAAUGGAUCAAAUCAUUCGGCUCAAUGAGAAGUUUAAGGAGCUUCAGGUGGAGAGGGAAAUGCUGCAGACGUCCAAUCGGAGCCUGGCCGAGGACAGCCUGGCCCGACGACCCCGCCUCUGUAACGGCAAACUCCAACUGGCGGAGAAAUACCGGGAAUUGUCCAACCUGGCAACCACAUGCUGGGAAAAACAGAGUCAGCUCGAAGCUCAUGGCCAGAAGCACAGCCUGCAGACGGUGCAGAAUCUGCUGCAGGAAGAGGUGGCAAGAGCCGAGGAGCAUUCAGAGGAGCUGCUGGAGAAGUUCAUGGAGGGGAACGUAAGCCUGGAUGAGUUCCUGGACUCCUUCCAAAGCUCCAGGAAGACGUAUCAUAUCCGCCGGGCUCAAGCGGAGAAGACGCAGGAGGUCGUGCAGUCCAAGCGGCAGCUGGUGAAAAUCAAACGGGCGGAGGAGAGUAAAGUCCCCGAGGUGAGGAAGGACUCGGAGCAGCCUCAGGAGCCGCAGAGGCACAACGGCUUUGUGGCGCAGGGGCCGCUGAGAGUGUUCCAGGUACGCUACGGCCUCACGCCGGCCAUCCUCCUCCCUCAUUACCCCGUUUCUCCUCCCGCUUCGGCGCCGUGUUUUCAAAGUAGUACCCCUCAGGCCGACUCUCAACCGGGACAGACCCACAUCCUCAGCCCCAGCACCCAGCUCCAGGGACACGGACAGCCGGUCGGCCUCAGGGUCAUCGGACAGUUGCCGGGCGGCUGGCCGGCUAACGGGCGGCCGGUGAGGGUGCAGCAGCUUUACAGGCCGAACCCUCAACAGCCUGAGCCGCCGUACCGAUAAACUCGAGGAGGAGGAGGAGGGAGGAUGAUGAAAAGCCGGCGUCGGUGUCAGAGGGCUUCCAAGACGUGGGAACCAAACUAGUGGCUGUCGCAAUCUUGUAAGCAAAGACUGAUCCACAGACGGGCAGCGCUGCAGACGUUUUGUUUCUGUUCUCCAUCCAUGACACUCAAAAUGUAAGCAGAGCAGACGCACCUGAGAGCAGGUAGAGCAGGGAUGGGCUCCGAUAGCUGGAUCCUUUGAGCUCCAAAGCUAAUGACUCUCUUAUCAAAGCUGUUACGUAUCCUUAAUCUAUUUCAUUUCUAAUAACCAAAACUUAAAGAGGAAACCAGUGGCAUAUUUAUGUGAAGUGCUACCCGCCUUUACUGUGGCAGCGAUGAGGCUGACGUUCAGGUUAAUCCGGGACGACAGAUGAAGGUAGUCUGUGUUUAUGUGCAAGUUAUAAAUUAAACAUUAACACAAACACUUCUUACUUCCACUGGAGAUGAUAUGUGGUUAAGUAAUUUAAACCCAUGAUACAGGGAGAGUAUAUCUAAGGGGAGUGGGGGGGGGGGAUGUAUCUGAAGAGCGUUUUGAGUAUACAGAUUGACCCAUGUCCCAUCUGUUACCAUGGAGGAGGUGGGGUUUAUGAGCAAUACUGCAGCCAGUCUUUGGGCUUCACUUGAGGCGAGGGAUCCUGCUGUCCAUUUGUUAUACAGUCUAUGGUUUAAGUCAGCAUCUUUAAUGGACAUUACUGGUUUUAAAUAACAGACAUCAAACGCUGCAGACUCCAUCAGCUGCAGCUAAUAAAUGAUUACAAUGAAACAGUUAAAAUAUUAGUUUUAAGCUUUAAAAAAAGGUGUUUACAAACUUCUUUUAACUUUAAUAUAUUUCAACUUUUUCAUGAUUUUAAUGUUUGAGUGAGAAUUGAUCAGUGGAUUCUCUACUGAGCGAGCGUUUGAUCAAAAGCUAUCGAACCCCAUCCCCAGCAAAGACAAGAAAGUCCACUAGUUAUUUUAAAUUUUAUUAUUAUUAUUAUUAUCAUUUUUGUGUUUUACAUGGAGGUAUGUGAAGCACAGGGGUUGUGAAGCACAUCUGCAGCUACGCAAAAGAAAGAUGUCAUUGUUCAUUCACACGACAGAGAGAAUCUUUGUGAGAUGCCACGAGCCAAUGAAGUGAAAGAAAAGGCAUCAAUAAAGUGUUUCAUAUGAA